CUUGCUGAGUGGUCGUCACAUCACAACGAUUUUUUGUCUGAACUACUGCGUGCAGAAGGGCUCAGAGGGAACGAUACGUCUCAUUGCUCCUGGUGCCCAAGUGAGAGUGCCAGCGAGGCUCUCUUGCAGUGUAAAGACUGUGUUAGUGAAGCAUUGUUGUGUGAUAGCUGUUGCAUCUUGGUGCAUGCCACCAACCCAUUUCAUUGUGUGCAGCGUUGGAACGGCCAGUUCUUCGACAAAAUCACACUGAAAGACCUUGGCCUGGUCUUUCAAGUUGGCCACCCUCCUGAUGUUGCCUGUAUCAACCCGAGACUUGGGCCACGUGACUUCGUAGUGGUUCACACAAAUGGUAUUCAUUCCAUCUCCAUACGAUAUUGCAAGUGCAAUCAUUUUCAUGAAGCUGGUGACACUAUUCAACAACUGUUACGCUAUGAACUGUACCCUGCCACCCUCUCCGAUCCUACCACGUGCUUUACCUACUGUGUACUCGAACACUUCAGCAUGCUCACGCUCUAA